UUAGCAUAUUGAGAAGGAUCGGGAGAGAGAAAGUGGAUUUUUGUUUAGUGGGUGGAAAAUGUGGAAAGUUGAUCGAACGUUGUUUUUGUUGAUUUGUUGUGUCGUGGUGGUGUUUAGUGCGGAUUGUUCAGUCUCAGACGUGGGGAUCUAUGAACUAAAAGUAGGGAGUUUUUCAGUGAAACUUACUAAUUGGGGAGCUGGAAUCGUCUCCGUUGUUCUACCAGAUAAGGAUGGAAAAUUGGAUGAUAUUGUUCUUGGGUAUGAUUCACUCGAUGACUAUAAGAAUGACAAAACAUACUUUGGUGCCAUUGUUGGACGAGUUGCUAACAGAAUUGGCGGAGCCAAAUUCACUCUCAACGGUACUCUCUACAAGCUUGCUGCAAACGACGGCAAAAACACUCUUCACGGGGGAGUAAAAGGCUUUAGUGACGUCUUAUGGAAGGUAAGCAAACACCAAAAAACCGGUUCAUCUCCUCAUAUAACCUUCUUCUAUCAAAGCUACGACGGAGAAGAAGGAUUUCCCGGCGGUCUAAUCGUGACAGUCACAUACACAAUAACCGGUCAUAACUUAUUAGUUAAAAUGGUAGCCAAAGCUACAAACAAACCAACUCCGGUCAAUCUAGCUCAACACACAUACUGGAAUCUCGCCGGCCAUAACUCCGGCAACAUCUUAAACAAUCAAGUUCAAAUCUUUGGUUCUAAAAUAACAGAGGUGGAUAAAGAUUUAAUCCCAACUGGGAAAAUCCUUCCGGUUAAAAACACCCCUUAUGAUCUUCUCAAACCAACUGUUAUUUCGUCAAAGAUUAAAGAACUUGGGAAGGGAUAUGAUAUUAAUUACUGUAUUGAUAAUUUUGAUUCGAGUAGGAAGAUGAAGACGGCUGCUUUUGUACAUGAUAAGAAAUCAGGUAGAAGGAUGGAAGUCGUGACGGAUCAACCGGGAGUUCAGUUUUAUACUGGGAAUUAUAUUAAGGAUGUGAAAGGGAAAGGUGGUUUUGUUUAUCAAGAACAUGCUGGUUUGUGUUUGGAGACACAAAAUUAUCCAGAUGCUGUUAAUCAUCCGAAUUUUCCAUCGGAGAUUGUUGUUCCUGGAAAACAGUAUAAGCAUCUUAUGCUUUUCAAGUUCUCUAUUCAAGCUUAACAUAAGAAUGGUUAUGUGUCUUGGUUUUAUUUUUCUUUAAUUGGUGUUGAAAUAACCUAUGUUGUUGUUGUAAUUCUCUCGAUCUUGAAUUGUAACAUACAUGAAGCUUCAUCAAAGAAGGUUGUCUUUGGAUUUUAUGAUC